GAUGUCCACGUUCCGUGCACACGAACUACGUCAAUAACAAGCCAAACCGUUUUGACCACUCUCACAUUCUUCUCCCUGCCAGCCGUUUUUUUCUUAUGUCAAAUCGCAGCUACUUUCACGCAUAUAUGUAUACAUAGGUUAUUUGACGUGUUGUGUCACACACAACUUGUGAAAAAUUUAUUUAAUUUGAGUGAAAGGAAGCCUAACGCAGCACACAUUAUCUUAAGGAAGGAUCUGUCUGCGUGCGAGUUAAGGGUGUUUAAAACGAUUGGAAUUGGCCGAAAAUGUGGUGCUAGUGAUGCGUCUCAAAGGAAAAAAUAACACAAAGUCAUUUAACAGAGUUUACAGGGUGUUUUCUCGUUUAUGCCGAUCUGUUGAUAAAUCACAACUAGAUGGUUUGAUGGCGGAUAGUGUGGCACCAACACUGAAGAAUGGCCACAACUCAAAUAUGGGUUUCAGUCAGUCGGUGAAACAACCCUCGGACAUGUCCAGUGUUGUUUAUGCUGUGGGUCAUUAUCCACCAAAGCUUUUACACAAUCUCAAUGCACAGAGGCUAAAGGAUAAAUUUAGUGAUGUGGGAUUGGUGGCUGGUGGCAGAGUCAUCAGAGCUCAUAGAUCAGUUCUGGCUGCUGGUAGUGCCUACUUCAAUGCCAUGUUUACAGUCGGCCUGGUUGAGGAACAACAAGAGCUUGUGGAGAUCCAUUCAAUCUCUCCUCACAUUCUCUCACAGCUGGUGGAUUUUAUCUACAGUGGCAACGUGGACAUCACUCAGGAUAAUGUACAGGAGCUAUUUGCUGCCGCAGACAUGCUGGAAUUAGAUGAUGUAGUAGCAGGAUGUAUUGAUUAUCUCAAACAGCAGCUGCAUUAUUCUAAUGCUCUUGGAAUUUACAGAUUUGCAGAAGCUCAUAACAGAGUGGAUCUUUUGGAAACUGCCCUACGUUUUAUAGAAGUCAAUUUUCCUCAAGUCUGUCAGGAAGAAGAAUUUCUGGAUCUGCCCAAAGAAUAUCUCGUUCAGUUUCUCAGUAGUGAUUACAUUCACAUUGACACUGAAUGUCAGGUCUUCCAAGCUGCGUAUAAUUGGAUUGUUCAUGACAUCCCCGCGCGUAGAUGUUACGUAUUUGAGAUUCUUAGCUACAUACGCUUGCGAUUGUGUUCAUUAGCAAGGCUAGAGCGCAUUAUCUUGGAAUGCAAAGAUGCGAGUCUCAUUGUUGCACUGCGCUCGAUACAGAAAGAUUUAGUCUCAAAUAAAGGUUGUCUAGUGCCUCUACAUGCUCAACCUCGUGUUUGCGCCAGAAAGAACAUCCUGGUGAUCGGUGGAUCUAAACGAGAGCAAUCCAAUAGCUGGGGCAGAACUUUUGAGAGCACUUACGAAACUAUUGAGAAAUACGACAUAUUCACUAGAGAGUGGAGCGAAGUGGCUCCAAUUAGUAUAGGACGCAUUUUACCUGGAGUGGCUCUGUUAGACGGCAAGGUUUACGUUGUCGGCGGUGAACUAGAAUCUUGCAUAAUCGCCAACUGCGAAUGUUACGAUCCCCGUGACAACGUAUGGACUCCGAUAGCGUGCAUGGAAGAGCCUAGAUGCGAUUUCGGUCUUUGUGCUUUGGACAACUGCUUAUACGCAUUUGGUGGAUGGGUAGGCGAGGACAUAGGUGGCUCUAUUGAGAUAUAUGAUCCAAUCACUAAUACUUGGACUCUCGACGGUUAUCUCCCAGAACCACGGUUUAGCAUGGGUGUUGUUGCAUAUGAAGGAUUAAUUUACAUCGUGGGUGGCUGUACUCAUAACAGUCGACAUCGUCAGGAUGUGAUGAGCUAUAACCCUGUGACGAGGGAAUGGAAUUAUUUAGCUCCGAUGCUCACACCGCGUUCACAAAUGGGAAUCACGAUUCUCGACGGGUACAUGUAUGUCGUCGGCGGCACUAGUAAAAAUCAGGAAGUCUUGACGUCUGUUGAAAGAUACUCUUUCGAGAAGAAUAAAUGGAAUGCCGUCGCUUCUAUGAGUAUGGGUAGAUUUUAUCCGGCUGUUGCGGCAGCCGACAGUCGGCUCUACGUCAUAGGCGGUGACCAAUCACAGGAAAUAAAUUUUUACCGCACGCAGAUCACUAUUUCCACUGUCGAAUGUUACGAUCCACACACGAACAAAUGGCAUGAAUGCGCCUCCUUGCCAUCGAGCAGAGGCGAGGCGACGGCGAUUGUUGCACCUUUCUGAUCGAUAUUUUGCAACGUCUCGUUCCGUUCAUCAUACCAGGUUAUCUCCUCUCAUUUUUUCAACUUACUAAAAUUUUCCUUUUUUUAGUUUCUUUUCCAUAUUAUCUGAGAGCAUUGUAUCUAUUUGUUAGAUAGAUUCUUGUGAACACGCUAAGAAUUGUAGUUCUGUUCAGUAAUAUUUUAGAUUUUAAAUACUUAAAAAAUUUAUAUACACGAACGUCAACAAAAAUUUUUCUGUAUUGUUUAUUCAUUUAAUUGGAAAGUUUAGUACUCAAACAAUACUUCUGAUUUCAGAUCAUAUCUGUAACACUAUAUAUCUCGUUGCAAAAUAUAAAGUCUGAGAAAGCAUGUACUACGCAUAUGCGCAGAAAGACGAUAACAUUCAAAGACACAUUUAACAUUCGAUUUAACACUCGAAUAAAAACAGAAACUAUUUUUCUCUUUUAAAAGUGUUUCGUUCCUCUUACACGUGGGAAAGGAACUACAAUUCGAUCGGCAUUCGAGAAGUAUACAAUAUAAUUCGAUAAAAACAAUCCCAAAGAAAGUAAAAUUUAUUGGAAUUUUUGAAGAGUUACAUAAAAAGUUACGAACUCUGUCUUAAUACAUUAAUUUAAUCUUAUGAGCACAUGUAACAAGUGAAUUAAACAAAAUGAUUGUAAUUAGAAAUUGUAUAGCAGAAUUAUUGUACGUUUUGUUUUGCUAUUUAUGUUACAUAGAUCGGAUUUUAAAACGUGCGAAUGGAUUUGAAAACAACAAAUAUGAUUGUAAUAAUACCAUAUACAGUUUACACAAGUACUCAAUACUUUUAUUAAUUAACGAUAAGUAUUAAUCACGUGCGUUAGAAAGGACUGAGCCUCUUUAUAUAUAAUAUAAUAAUAAUAAUUAU